UUCAAAUAUAUAUAUUUGCCUUGUGAAACUGUAGUGCUGCAAUAAAACAUAAUGAUAUUAGUACUACUGGUCUCAAGUUGCCAUUUAUUCAGUAAUGACACUCUUUUUAUUGGUCUUCAUUUGCCUUCCUUCCCUGGUAUCAACCACGGGCGGUUUCAAACAAGACCGAAAUAGACCUAACUCGCCUUAAAUUUUCAUUUAUUUGAAUGAAGCUGUUAAAACCUUCAUGGUUAGGACAUUUUGAUGACCGCGGACACCGACUCUCCGUCUUCUCAAUUCAUGUUCAUCCAGAUGGUUCAAGGAUUGUUACAGGCGGUUUAGAUGGCACCGUGCGAAUUUGGUCUACAAAAGCACUGUAUGAAGAAGAUAAAGGUUUACCGAAACAGUUAUGUUGUAUGAGUACCCAUACGGGAACCGUCACUUCGGUACGGUUCAGUCCAAAUGGUCAAUUUCUUGCUUCUGGAAGUGAUGAUCGCGUUGUUAUCGUUUGGCACAAAGACGACUCGGUACCAGGUCUUCGUACUAUUUUUGGAAGCACUGAAACAAAUUCAGAAAAUUGGAGAAGUUUCAGACGAUUAACGGGUCAUGAUAAUGAUAUUCAAGAUCUCUGUUGGAGUCAUGACAGUCAGUUGCUCGUUAGUGUCGGCCUUGAUAGUUCCAUUAUUGUGUGGAACGGAAACACAUUUGAAAGACUGAAACGGAUAGAAGCACAUCAAAGUCAUGUUAAAGGCAUUACCUUUGAUCCCGCUGGGAAGUAUUUUGCUACUGAGAGCGAUGACCGCACAAUCAAGGUUUGGAGAACGACUGACUUCGCAUUGGAAAAAACAAUUAUUCAACCAUUUAACAACUCGCCUCUCUCAACAUACUUCCGCAGACCUUCCUGGUCUCCAGAUGGAAAAUACAUUGCUGCACCGAAUGCCAUGAAUGGUCCUGUGUCUUGUGUAGCCAUCAUUGAACGUGGCACCUGGACCAGCGAUGUCAACAUCAUUGGCCAUGAAGGUGCGGUUGAGGUCACCAGUUUUAAUCCUAAACUUCUGAAAGGACCUAAUGACAAGCUUGUUUCCCUUCUUGCCUGUGGCGGGCAAGACAGAGCACUUAGCUUGUGGACCACGGCUAGUCCUAGACCCAUCAUUGUUUGUGAAGAACUUGCUCAGAAGAGUAUUGGUGAUUUAUGCUGGACAUCUGAUGGACUUAAUCUUUUUGCUUGUUCAUAUGACGGUUACGUUAUCUUGUGCAUAUUCGAACCUUCUGAACUUGGCGAAAUCGUAUCAGAUGAGGAAGUGACAAAAGCAUUGGCUAAGUUUGGUCAUGGAAGACAUGGUAUUGUCUUACCGGAAUCCUGUUCGCAACUUGCUCUUGAAGCCAAGAUUGAGGAAAAUGAAGUAAAAACCACAAAAGUACCAUCAAUAGCAACACAUACAACAAUACCAGCAACAUUAAAUGUAUCGACACCAUCGGUGGCAUCGACAACAUUAGCCGCACCUUCUACCCCAGUUAUAGAAGGACCUCCUACCCAAAAGACUGGAACUCCAACGGCUCCUCCUUCAGAACCACCGAAGUUCAAACAGAAAGUAACAAUAACUAAAGAUGGAAAGAAAAGAGUUACUCCACAGCUUUUGACUACCCUUCCGUCGGUACCCUCUGCAAAACUUCCUAGUUCGCAGCAAAUGUCCCAGAGUGCUUCAACACAGUUACCCGUAUUAGAGUUGUCGCAGCCAACCCAUACUUUACCAAAAGGAGGAAUGACUGUUAUGGCUGUCGGUACUAAACGGCGAGCAGUAACUGAAUCAUCAGAAGCUCCAGUUGAAGAGCAGCCAGUACAGAAAUCCCCCGAGGAAGCACUGGCUCCUUAUGUCCUACCCAAUGUCAUUGACCCAAAGGUCUCAAUCGUCACAACCUUGCUUGACGUUCCAAAACUUGACGAUGCCAUUUCUUGUUAUCUGAAGGGAAAUACUCGGUAUUCUCUUGAAGUUCAAAAUGGUUCCAGUGAGCGGCAUCCAACACGAAUUGUUGCCUUUGAAAAUGGAAACUUGAAAUGGAUGGACUAUAUUCCCAGACCAGUUCUCCUUACAGCUUCAUCAUCAAGAUUUUGGGCUAUUGCUUGUGACGAUGCCUCACUCCAUGUAUACUCUAUUAUUGGAACAAGAAUUCUUCCUCCCAUUGUGGUUGAUUCAAAUGCUUGCUUUUUGAUGUGCUCUGAAAAUUGCCUUCUCUGCAUUACAGCAAACGGCAUGAUUCAUGCAUAUGAUAUUAUCAACAAAAAAGCAUUAUUUACUCCUAUAUCACUUGCACCCAUACUUAAUGGCAGUACAACUACCGACACAAAAUCUGCCGAUGAGCUUUCACGUAUCGUUAGCACAAGCAUUACCGAGCAGGGAGCGCCUGUAAUUGCUCUGUCUAGCGGUGAAUCUUAUUUAUAUUCCUUAGAGAUGCUUUGCUGGACACGAAUAAGUGACAGCUGGUGGGCCUUGGGCAGUAAGCUUUGGGAUUCCUCUGGUAUUUCCUUGUCUCCAGAAGCGCUUCCAGAUUACUCCAUUCGUCGACUUGAAAAUCACACCAACGAAUCCGUUGUUAAAAUUGGUCGGGGUAGACUUCUUCAAAAGAUGAUGAAGACCGCUACUGCAGAUGAAGGCUACGAAGAUUUUGAAACAACUAUCACUAUCAACCAUGUCGAGAACAGAUUGUGCUCAGCUCUUCUUCUUCACUCGUCACAAGAAUAUUCCGACGCGGCACUACAGUAUGUUGACUUGCUCUCAGAAAACAGACUUUGGGGGAAGUUGUCAGAGUUCCUCCACAGCUUGUGCGCCGAUAAACAGACUCCCAUCAUUACAACCUUAAUGAAUCAAAAACUAUGGCGAAAAAUUCUAGACAAAAUUUAUACACUUGUGCCAGUCUCAGAGGUUCCUGAAGAGAUCAGCCGAUUUGAGGCCAAGUUCGUUGAGAGGUAUGCUGCUAAUGAGUAAAAAAAACAACCACUCUAAUCGAGUGCAGCUUUCCACUGUUUUUCGAAGAUUAGUACUCGUUCUUCAAACCCCUUAGAGAAGACAUACCAAGUUGUCACCCAAAUAGUGAACAUUUUCAAUACCAAUGCCCUUUCCAACCUUCUUCCUAAUAAA